UUUCAGUAAAUUUUAAUGCACUCUUUGGAAAACGGCAAACCUAGCGAAUGAAAUCGGAGGAAUGAGGGGUAUUCGCUCGCGUAAAUGAAAAUUGUGAAUAUUUGUAUAAUUCGGAAAAUCAAAAAAUCGAAAAAUUAUAGACAUCGGGGUAUUAAAUCAUUUAUAGUGUGUUUCGUUUAAUAAAUCUUUGUGCUACUACUACAUACGCGCUACAACACAAUAUUGCCGAAGGCUGAAAGUAGAAAAAAAGUAACUCAUCAAUAAAAGGUAUUUCUUACCAAACACUCUGUGAAAGUUACAUAUUCUACGAAAUUAGCCAGCGGUAUUUGUUUAUGAAGAUCAUUAGAUCGUGAACUAUAAACAAAACAGUUCUUGAAGACAGCAUUGCCAUUCACCUCUAAUAAUAAUUUGGGCGAACAGAGAACACCUUUAAACAUGGUGGAUUAUUAUAAAGUUCUCGACAUAUCGCAAAGUGCGACGGAAAGUGAGGUGAAAAAAGCCUAUAAAAAAUUGGCGCUGAAGUGGCAUCCUGAUAAAAAUCCUAACAAUUUGGACGAAGCCAAUAAGCGAUUCCGAGAACUAUCUGAAGCUUAUGAAGUUUUGUCGGAUGCACGUAGGCGGAAAAUAUAUGAUGCACGUGCAACCCUCCACAAGGAAGGUUCAAACAGCAACUAUUCGAAGGCCCGUGGAUAUACGAGUGGCAGUGGAUACAGAUAUAGGACCCGGUCAGAUUCUAAACGCGACUACAAUUUCAACUAUAACGAUGACGACUACAGCAGAUAUGAUAAUAAUUCUACGAAACAUGGAAACCGGUAUCAGUCUUUUACAUUUCGCAAUCUAUUUGAGUGGACGCCCUUCCAUAAAUUGUUUGAAAAAAAGCGUCGUGUUUACGACCAAUAUGGAAAAGAGGGUUUGCUUGGUGACCGCGGCAAUCAUCGAUCUUCCCGUCAUCAUCACUCGCACGACUUCGAAGACUUUGAUAUAAUGGGUUCUCCAUUCGUGUUUCGGCCACCAGAGGAAGUUUUCCGUGAAUUUUUUGGUGUAAAUUCACCAUUUGCGGAUUUGUUUAGAGAUGUACAUGGCUAUCCACAGUCGAACAGACAUAAUAACGGGCUAAGCAGUAGCGGUCGUCAGCAUGUUGGCACGAAAUUGGCUUCGCCAUUGGGAGCGCCUAUGCUACAUUAUUCUAUGAUGGAUUUCAUGAUGCCUACAAAUGGAUUCACUUCAUUCAGCUCAAUGCCAAUUGGAAGAGGUAGUACAGGAAAUGGAGCAGUCAAACGCACUUCAACUUCAACGACAUUCGUAAACGGCAAAAAACUGAUGACUAAACGAGUCUAUGAAAAUGGAAAGGAGACUAUAUUUUCAUAUGAAAAUGAUGUCCUAAAAUCAAAGACUGUGAACGGAGUUGCGCAGAAGCUCUCUUCAAUUACAAACUAGGAAAAGUCAUAAACUUAACAAAAACAAAAGGAAGAAAAGAGGAAAAGUUAUCAAAACGAUGACCUCUGUAACACUCCUCUCUAAGCCUAGGAUUUCCCACUACCAUAGUUUAUUUAAUUUGGUUAUUAUUAUUUUUAUACGCAUACUUUAAAUAAUAUUAUAAAUUAAGUAGUGAUUAUUGCAGAGAAAUUGUUUAACUUUUCUCCACUGCAGUAUGCUUAUUUAACAUAAUCAGUAUAAAUGUGAGAGUGUGCGCUAUGUAAUAUUUUAUAAGGUUUUAUUUUGAAGGUUACUUUAGAAAAAUCUUGGUAGUCAAGGAAAUACAACUUUUUUAUAAAUCAAGAAAUUGCUAAAUGUUACUGAAUUUAAAAAAUAAAUUUUCGGUUUUACUUUAAUAAUGUUUCCAGUAAAUAGUUAAAAAUUAACUAGAAGCAUACAAUGAAGCAAGCAGUACACAUGAUAACUAAAUUAUAAUACUUAUAUCAAAUGUUUAACGGAAUUGUAAAAUGAUGGAAUUUCUAAUAUAUUCGAUAAAACACCGGAUCCUUAUAUAUUUACGAGUGAAAUGGUUCAGCAUUACACAUUUUAUGUGAAUUAAAGACGAUUUGAUAAUAACGCGUAGUAAAAUCCCAUAUAUAAUUACCUCGAACAGAGAGUUAUUGCAUUAUAAAUGUACUAAAUACGAACAGAUGUACGUACAUAAGCGAAGUAAAUAUUUAUUGUUUGUUUAAGUUUCUCUCCGGUAUAUAUAAAAUUGGCAAAAAGAUAAUGUGACGCAAAACAAACCACCAAUCAAUGAAUUGAUCGUUGUCUAAAAUUCAAAAUAUUUUCUUAUAAUAAAAAAAGAAGCUACCGACUUAAAACCUCCAAUCUCUUCAACUAAUUGUAAUUUUUAGGGAUUUUACUGGCCAUAGCGCUGAUCUCUAAAUGGCAGUUUGAUAAUCACAAUAAAAUUACUUAUUUUACGCUAUAACAGUAGGUGAAUGGCUGUUUUGAGCUACAUGUGUGAGUAAGAGCACAUUAAAUUAAAGUUUCUCGGCAUUUAUUUAAUAUGAAUACAAAAUUUCAAAAAGCUAACCCUCGCUUAUACGAAUUAAAAUGCUAAAACUAAUAGAAACUUUCUAUUUUUGCUAAAGAAUUUCGCGAUAAUUUUUUCAGCUCACUAAUUGACGACAAGAAUUGUUUGCAGACGUUUGUUAGCUUAAUAAAUACUAUGCAUAUUGCUCAAUGUGAGCACAGUAGGAGUUAACUAGAGGUUGUAUACUCCAGCAAAUUUAGUUUUUGUUUUGUCAAUUCAAGCAGGUCAUUAGUAUGAUUCUGGAAACAAAUGAUGUUAAGGAAUGUGUACAAUUAGCGAAAUUAAAUUUUAUCAAUAAAUAUUCAAUUUCGUUUCUUAUCUCAAUGAAACUGAUCUGAGUUAGAGAUUUCAUCUGAUGAUUGUCGUACAUUGUAAUAACUGUGUUCGGUUUUCAAACAGAAUAUCUGAUUAGACGCAAAAAUAUUAUAUUUAAUAGAUUUGCUUUAAAUAUUGUCAACGUAAAAUUAUUAAAAUACGCAGGAUCAUCAAUGGAUUCGCAAAAAGUUGGAGGUAGUGAUAUAGUUAUAUUAAAACAAAAAACUUAACAUAUAAUUAACAAAAAAAAAAAAAUACAA